GAAACGGGUUGGAUUCGGAUUCUAGCCCUUGUACAUCCAAAACCCGAGUCAUUUCGGGUUACACGCAUGAAAAGGAAACCAAAUCUACAGCGAUGCGAUGUUAAUUUCAAGGUAUUAUUUGCCAGAUAUUAUAUAAAAAAACAUUAAUAAAUACAGGACGCGACGAAACCGUGCGGUGUGCGAGCCCACAGAUAAGAGGGCCCACAAUAAAUCGGCGGUCCCCAUUCGGCCACUCUCGCCACGUCCUGCACUUGUCCGUUCGCUGGGCACCACGUAUCCUAGUCCAUCCCUCCCGCCUCACACCUCGCAUUCUACCUCCACCUCCAUCUGCGGCAAUUCAAAGCCAGCCACGACUUAAGUCACCGCUGAAGAGGCCCAUACUUGUGUAGCCGCUGGCUGCUGGGACGUUUACACCGAACACUGGAUUUUCGUGAACAGAGUCGUGAUAUAAGUGGAGUCCCUUCUUCCCCUACCGCCUUUGUCAGCUAAUCGACGUCGGUUCCCAGCGUCACUAUAAAUCGAGAUAGUUUAUUCUUCGUUCAUCUCCGGCAUUCAAAUCCCUUCUCAGUUCCCUAAACCCUAAUUAAUGGAGCCUGGUGAGCAAUUCCACCGCACCCUGGCUUCUCACACCCUUCCCUGGUCACUCUCCGAGGACUACGCGGCCGGGAUGCAACCUUACGCAGCCCUCCCCGUAGGCGGCUUCCCCGGCCUCCCGGACGACCUGCACCCUCAUCUUAUCGGCGACGUUUCACUCGCCCUCCAUCGGUUCAUCCCCUUCGACGACGGCUCUUCCCCCGACUCCACAGAGGCCGACGUGUUCUCCUCCGACUAUUUCCGCAUGUACGAGUUCAAGAUCCGGCGGUGCCCCUGCGGGCGGUCGCACGACUGGACCGAGUGCCCCUACGCGCACCCGGGAGAGAAGGCGCGUCGCCGCGACCCACGGCGGUUCCAUUACUCCGGCACUCCCUGCUCUGACUUCCGUCAGGGCGGGAGAUGCCGCCGCGGCGAGGGCUGCGAGUACGCCCACGGUGUGUUCGAGACCUGGCUCCACCCGGCAAGAUACCGGACUCAGCCCUGCAAGGACGGCGCUGCGUGCCUUCGCCGCGUGUGCUUCUUCGCGCACUCCCCGAAAGAGCUUCGCAUCGUCCUGCCAACGAGUCCCGUGUCGCCGGGCAAGGGCAGUUGUGGAAUACUGCUUUCUGCGUCACCGACGUCGACGCUGGCGCCUACCCCCAUAUCUCCGCUGUCUGAUGGCUCUUCGCCGCCCUUGUCGCCCAUGGCAAUAGACGAGGUGGUGGGGACGAUGACCAAGCGGCGGUUGAGCAAGCUGAAAUCUGUGAUGCCGUUUGAAACGAGGCGUACGGCUUCCGCUGCGAGGGCUCUACGGACGGCAGAGACGAGAGACAUAGCAGAGGAAGCUGCAGCCGACGCUUGGAGUAUGACGGCGAAGCUUCUUGAGUGCCGCCGGAGGGAGGAAGCGGAGGCGGAAUCCGCUGCGGCCCCGGACUUGGGAUGGGUAUCAGAACUGGUGAAGGAUUGAAGUGAGCUUUCGAAUCAAAAUAUCCAUCGUGAAUUGACGUUUGCGUUAACUAGCUCAUAAAUAAAGAAGAAGCGAGAGAUUGUGAAC